CUGGGAGAGAGCUGUUUUGCUUAGAAGAGUACACUCAGCACUAUACAAAAGCAGGUUCUCCCCCACUGACCAUUGCUCAAGUGCCUUCAAUCAAUGGAGGAAACCAGAGGAAAGGCCAUACGAUGCAAAGCUGCGGUUUGCUGGAGCCUGGAGGAGGAUCCAGUGAUAGAAGAGAUAGAAGUGGCUCCCCCUAAGCCAUGGGAAGUCCGCAUCAAAAUACUGUGCACCUCCCCAUGUCACACGGACCUCACUUUCUGGAAGCUCAAGGAACCACCCCUACCAUUUCCAAGGAUAUUGGGUCACGAGGCAUCGGGGAUUGUGGAGAGUGUAGGCGAGGAGGUCAAAGAAGUACAGGAAGGGGAUCUCGUGGUGCCGGUAUGCGUUCCACAGUGCGACGAAUGUCCCGAUUGCCGGUCCGACAGGAGCAAUAUUUGCAGCAACAUUCAAUUUCAAUUCGCCGGUGACAUGGUUAGGGAUGGUACAUCAAGAUUCACCAUUGCCCAAACCAGACAAGUUGUUUACCACAGCAUGGGGGUCUCGAGCUUCUCUCAGUAUACAGUGGUGGAUGUUGCAAAUGUGGUGAAGGUUCACCCAAGCAUCCCACCAGAGAUCGCCUGCCUGCUCAGCUGUGGAAUCUCUACAGGAGUGGGAGCUGCUUGGAAAGUGGCAAAUGUGGAAGCUGGGUCAACUGUAGCCAUCUUUGGUUUGGGAACCGUAGGGCUUGCGGUUGCUGAGGGAGCUAGAGUGCGAGGAGCUGCAAAGAUUAUUGGUGUGGAUAUCAACCCUGAUAAAUUCGAGCUCGGGAAGCAGUUUGGGCUCACUGAUUUCAUCAAUCCAAAGGAGUUGAAUGACAAACCCCUAAAUCAGGUUCUUAAAGAGAUGACAAAUGGAGGAGCAGAUUACUGCUUCGAAUGUGCUGGGAUCGCCUCUCUCAUUAAGGAAGCAUUUUUAGGCAGUCGCACUGGAUGGGGCCUCACCGUGAUUUUGGGAGUGGGGCAAGGAGAUUCGGUAAGCUUCAACUCCUUUGAGAUCAUCACCGGAAAAAUGUUAACCGGAUCACUAUUGGGGGGAGUUAAACCGAAGACCGAUAUUCCCUUCUUCGGAGAGAAGUACCUUGAGAAGGAACUCCGAUUGGAAGGAUUCAUCACGCAUGAGCUAAAUUUCCAAGACAUAAACAAGGCUUUAGAUCUACUCUUCCAAGGGAUUGGUCUCCGUUGCAUUAUCCGCAUGGAUGGAUAAGUAGCAAUGGAUGGCAAAAAAAUUAAAAUUAUUGUUUUCCGCAAUGCACAAUAACUGACUUAAGAACAGUUUUUCCUGUAACUGGAAUGUCUUGGUGGUAGCAUCAUUUGAGCUUCAACUAUUAAAUGUUUUUUUUACUUUUAAGGAAUUUCGCCCGUAAUGAACAUUUUUUUAAAUAAAGGGAAUUGGAUAGGGUUCAUGUCU